AUGUCGUCAUUCCUCGGGCUCUUUAAGCGGUCCGACCCGUCGGCCAAUUACGAAAAGGAGCUACAGGUUCUCCAGACCAAACUUGCGGAGACAGAAAAACGGCUUUUAUCGCGACGUUUGCGACUCCGACGCACCAAGGGUCUGUUCACUCUUUACUCGCUGGUCGUCUACAUUGUCUACGUGGGCAUUGUGGUCGCCAAGAACCAGUUGAGCCGUGACCAGCUGCUCUCCGGCAACAGACUCACACUGGGUGUGCUUUUGGGUCCUCCCGCAAUCUACAUUGUGCGAUAUGUGAUCCAGGCUGUCUUGGGUCGUUUUGUGUCUUUCGACGAAGACAGAAUCAAGUAUCUGCGACAACAACAAGAGGGCAAGCUGGAGGAGCUCAAACAGAAGACAGGAUUCUACUCCACCAAGGCCAUUGUCGAUCGAUACGAGCCCAAGAAGAAGGAGGUCAAGAAACCCGCCCAGCAGCAAGCAAACAAACAGAAUGCACCUACUAACAGACGACAAGGCGUUCCUCCUCCCACAGCAAACGUGCCUCGAAACCUUCCCCCCACAGCUAACGUUCCUGCCGUGCCUGUCGUGCCUGCCCCUGGGCCAGGACCCAAUGUACCUGCUGCUGUUCCAGCCAUCCCCAAACCCGUGCCUGUUUCGGAGAAGGAGGUUCUGGCAGCGAAGCAGUCGCUGGACAAUGCCGGCGUUUCGGUAGCGCCAGUUUCUACCGGUCCCUACCAGCGCCAAUGGUUUGAUCGAGUGCUGGACCUGCUUGUUGGAGAAGACGAGAGCGCCGCUCAGAACAGACAGGCACUGAUUUGUAGCAAGUGCCACAAUCACAAUGGUCUCGCUCCAUUUGGCAAGACUGCUGCUGAGAUCAGAUACAAGUGUCCUAAUUGUGGAGAGUGGAACGGAAACCUGGUUCCUACCGAGGCUGUCGAGCUUGUUGAGGAGGUGAAGGAGGAGAAUGAAAACGAGAAAGAAGAGGCUGAGGAGGAGGAGGGCGAUGCAGUGGUUCCUUCAGAGGUGAAAGAGUUGGUCUCGGAGAUGGUCUCUGAGGUUCCUGAGGUGUCCAUGGCAAACUAG